AUGGGCUUGACGCACGUGCUGACAGCUAUUGGCCUCGCGCUAGCGGCCGCAGUCUCGAGUGGCGACAGCAGCCAGCAUGCGUUACUCGCGCAGCCCACGUGCACGAUCGAUGUGCCUUGGGAAGACGAGCUAGCAGCGCAGCGCGACUGCAAGUGGGCCAAGUGCCACCUCUGCUGGAAGAGCGUGUGGUACAUCAAAGAGACGCAUGUGCUGCCAAACAUUACGAUCGGAACAGUCGCCAAGGGCACGCACUUGACGUGCUCAUGGCUCUCGCACGCGCGCAACGACACGACGUGCGCGGCGAUCACGGACGCAGUGCCCUCGAUCGUCGUAAACCUGACGGCGGGCCACAGAGUUGGCGAUGUGUGCCGUAGCCUCGCGCUCUGCAAGAGCCGGAAGCCCCAAAAGCCGCGAAAGAUGUCCAAGGGUAUCGGCAGCAUCUGCACCCACUGCUACUACGGCGUCAAGUACGUCAACGCAACGCGUCACAUUUCUGGGCUUCCCGAAAAGGCUGUCAAGAUCGGCGUCCAGGUGCUCUGUCCUCACUGCCCGCACUACCGCAAGGCCUGUCACAAGUUUGUGCGCAGUGUACCCACGAUCCUCAAGGAGCUCGAGACUGGCAAAACGUGCGCCAAGGCCAUUUGCAAGGACGUGGGAUUUUGCGGGCGCAAACACCGUGCCCAUGGCGAGCGCCCAACGCCGGACGACGACGAUGCAGACGACAUGAGCCUUGACGAGGAUGCAGAUGAUGAAGAGGCGGCACAUUUCUCCAAGGUGACAUCGAUUGUGGCAGCGGGCGUAGUGACGGUGGGCAUCGUAUUCCUCACGGCGAAGGUCUUUCAGCGCAGACGCGUGCAAGGCGUCGAAGCCGAAUACGUCGCGGUGCCUCAGCAAGGUCGGUAG